AUGGCCACCGUCACCGACCAAAUCAAGGCGUUGGCGCCUGGCGAACGUUUCUGCCUGUUUGAAUUUUUUCCUCCGAAAACAGAUGCUGGUUUCAGAAACCUUCUUGCCAGAUUGAACAGAAUGUUAGCUCUCAAUCCACUCUUUCUCACCGUAACUUGGGGUGCUGGUGGUUCAACCAGCGAGAAGUCGUUGGACCUUGCAGCCACAUGCCAAAACGACUUGGGAAUCACCACGGUUUUGCACUUGACUUGUACCAACACCAACAAAGAGGUGAUUGACAAUGCAUUGGCCAGAGCUAAGAGUGCUGGAAUCAGAAACAUUUUGGCUCUCAGAGGUGACCCUCCACGUACCAAGGAGUACUGGACGCCUAACUGCGACUUCAACAAUGCCGUGGACUUGGUGCGCUACAUUAAGGCACAAUACGGCGACUACUUUUGCGUUGGAGUAGCUGGGUAUCCAGAGGGCCAUGUAGAUGGUGCCGAUACCACCCACCAGGACCCUGCAAGGGACCUUCCAUACUUGGUAGAGAAGGUUCAGGCCGGUGCAGACUUCAUCAUCACCCAGCUUUUCUUUGAUGUGGACAAAUUCGUAGCCUAUGAGGAGAUGCUCCACAACACUCCGGAAUUGAAGGAUACUGUGCUUAUUCCAGGUUUGAUGCCCAUCACCACCUAUAAGGUAUUCACGAGGGCCACCAAGUUGUCCCAUGCGCUGAUUCCAGAGGACAUUUUCUCGCGGCUUGAGGCCAACUCCAGCAACGACGACACCGUCAAGGACAUUGGAAUCGAGGUGUUGAACGACAUCAUUUCGCAGAUCGACGAGCGUACCCAGGGUAGAGUCCGCGGCUUCCACUUCUACACAUUAAACUUAGAGAAGGCAGUGGCUUCGAUCAUUGAGUCGUCGCCAGUGUUGAAUCUCCAGAACCAUAAUUUGGCCGUCGACCACGACGAUGCCAUUAGUCUGGACUCUGACUCUGAACCUUUGCCACCGCUCAAGUCGACCAGAAGACGUUCGUCUGUUAACGAGAACUGGCCCGCAAAAAACGGACUCGAUGCCAAGCGUGCCUUGGUGACCAAGGCACUUUCAAGAGACAGAAAGACGUUGGUGGAUAUUUCCAAGGGUAAAGGUGUGCUCGGAAAGGAUGCUACUUGGGACGAAUUCCCCAACGGUCGUUUCGGAGACUCUAACUCGCCAGCCUACGGUGAGAUCGAUGGUUAUGGUCCGUCGUUGAAGCUUCACUCCAACAAAGAGGUGUUGGACACCUGGGGUGAGCCUAAGUCUAUUAAGGAUAUCACAAAGGUGUUUGUCAAUUACUUGUCGGACAAGAUCCAGGUUUUGCCAUGGGUGUCGUCGGAGUUGUCCCCAGAAACGGCUUUAAUUCAGGAACAGCUCUUCGAAAUGAACGAAAAGGGAUGGUUCACUUUGGCUUCACAACCUGCCGUGGAUGGUUGCCCUUCGUCAGAUAGCAUUCUUGGAUGGGGACCUUCUAACGGAAGACUAUUCCAGAAAUCGUUUGUGGAGUUCUUCGUGCCAAAACAAGAAUGGGACACAAAAGUGAAGCCUAGACUUCAAGAGGAUAUCGACUCCACCACCAUCACAUAUUUCUGUGGAGAUGCUUCCGGCCAUAUAACUUCGAACUUGCCAAUUGGAAAAGACACACACAAUCGCAAGUCUGCCGUGACAUGGGGAGUGUUCCCUUCCAAGGAAGUAUUACAGCCUACGGUGAUUGACUACGAGUCGUUCAAGGCAUGGAACGAGGAAGCAUUCUUAUUGUGGCUUGAAUGGGCCCGUUGCUACAAGAAGGACUCCGACGCGUACAAGUUGUUGAAUUCCGUGUACAGUGACUACUACUUAGUGAGCAUGGUACACCACAACUUCAUGGAUGAGUACGCUUUGUGGAAUUCCUUGCUUGACUGA